AUGAAGCUGAGACUCUUACUCACUGCAGUGGCGCUGGUCCCAGCAACUUUGGCUAGGUCUUGGGGCAGCAGAGAUGACAGUGCAGACGAGCUGGAUGUUGAGGACCAGGACCCCGUCAAAACACCAAUAAUGAGGACACACACUGUAUGGACCACUGUCGAGGCGGAAAGCGCAGUUACAGUCAGUACUGUCGUCUUUGUUGAGCAUCUCUACACCACCCCCGGCAUCUCAACCUGGGAAAAUUUCAGUCCGGAUGGCUAUGCUUCCACGACCACGACUUUCACAACGACAACCCUCACCCAUAUUCCACACGUAGUUUAUCAGACAAGUACCUUGCCUAAUUCACAUCAUGUGGCAAUCGAUAAGAGAAGUACCGUGUCCAUAACGGACUGGGUGACUGUCACGGAGGGCUCUGACAACCCAGAGGUGACGACGGAGCGUUCGGGCUCCUCGGAGACUACUACCAGCACGAGCACUCCCUUGGACGCACCGCAAACUCCACCAUCGUGGGCUACCGCUGCAACCUCUACGGCAUCAUCGAGCAGUUCCAUAGGUCCAAAUCCAUUCAACGUGAGCAGUUCGAUCUCCGCAACGACUCUGUCUGUCACCUCGGCGGUGUCCGGUGCGCCGCCUAUAAACUCAUCCGUCACAUCAAAGACAUCAAAGACACAUAAGACAUCAAAGACCACUCCAACCACGUCUACAGAGCCUAUCACCUGGUCGCGGUCGACCUCCUUGAUAGUGCCACCCGUUCCUGUGACGCCCACUGCACCCAUACCUCCUGGGUCCAUGACCGUAACGGCUGGCUCUCACUCCACUUCAAAUUCCACAAGUCACCACGUGCAUCUCUCAACGCUCACGACGCUGUCCACCGGGUUCGAGCCACCGGAGUCGAGCACUAUUACUUUUAUCAUGGCAUCUCACGAGGGAACGGUCUUCUCGUCAACCGAGGCCAUGGCCACAGGAAAGGAGGGCGGGCCCCCCGAGAGGAACGCGGACCCUGGCAAAGAGAACAUCCCGCCCAAGAAGGCCCUCGUGCCCAUGGGAGACGGCCCUUUCAGCAUUGGUGACGAGGUUGCGCCUUCGCUCACAGUCCCGUUCACGAUCACGCUCACCUCCGUGCCGGCGAUUACUCCUCCGCCGACGCAUGCCGCCGGACCUGGUGGCCAGGUCAGCGUCCGCUGCGACAACUCCUGGUGCAGUGAUGACGGUAUUGUAUACUGCAUGCGCUGGGACGGCAGCUCCGGUAUCGAUUCCUGGGGUUUCAUCACCCCGGGCGAGGUCUUCACGACCGUUGGGCUAUGCACUCCUCCCCAGACUGCACAGGGCCCUGUGCAGGUUUCAACGCUCGCUGGAGAAUCUUCCGCUCCGGCUGUAUCGCGCCACGGUCCGAGAGGUGACCGGAUCCGGCUUGUCUGA